UAAACUGUAUUUUGUGUAUUUUUGUAUACUAACUGUAUACGAUUUGUUAAUUAUCCAAUUAUUCAUCGCUUAUUAUUGACAACAAUAUCUAUUUCUGAUACAUUUUCUCGGAACACGCUUAUCCGUGUUUCGUAUGUAUGUACGCGUGUUUGGUAUAUAACUGAUCAAUCCGUGCAAUUCGAGGUUCAUUGCAAGUAGAUUCCUUUUACGAAACAUCGACGUCUGAAAUUGCGGGAAUCGGACAAAUCAAAUAUUGAUCAAUUUCAUACGGUAGAGGAAACAUGUUCAAGAGAAAUUGGAAGAGUCGCGGUCGACUCGAUGAAAAUCAGCAGGCGGUGCUGAAGGAGCCACCCGAGAUAUCGUGGGAGAACACGCUGGGAGCGCCGGACGGCGUGCCCUUCGACGACGACACGAAGGAGCUCCUCAGGAAAUGCAUAGACGUCUCGACGCCGACGCCCACGACCCUGGCACAAAUCAUGAAGCGAAGCGAGGCCUUCCCCAUAAACUUUCCAAUUAAGACCGUAAGAUGUUUCGCGCUGAAGGAUAGAGGAAUUCCCACGGAGGUCCUCGAGAGGAACGCGAAUUCGGUGUACCCUUUGAUACACGAGGCGAUGUUACCGUUGCUCGCUCAAUGGUUGAAGCACAAACGGCUUUACGGCAGUGCUAUAGAAAGGGCUAUGUACAAGGACAUGGGACUGGUCCAGUUCAUUCAUCGUAUGCUGGAGAAAAGGGCGGUGUACUUUUAUGGUUCCAGUGAUCGAUGGAAAUUGAUCGACGGUAAAACGGGCGCCGAAGGGUGGGAUAACAUUGGCACCGAUCACGAGAAGGAACCCCUGGUGUUGACGAAAUGUUUGUCGUACGACGAGAUCAAAUUGUCGUCGAUGAUGGCGGUGUCCUCCCACACAGAAUUCAUAAACGACGGCGCGCGAGAGAACAGAGGUGUCGUGAGUACUGACCCAGACUCCGUACAGCCGAGGGGAGUCAUUAUAGGUGUCGUGGGAACAAGAUGCAAACGACCUGGUGUCAUGGAGUAUCAAGACAUUCUAGUUACACAAGCGCAAAACACAACCGAUAACGGAUAUGGGCCACACACGAAUGCAAGUUCGGAAGAGAAACGUGGUCUAAAAGUCGUAUGGGCCAAGUUCUACGGAGAAGAAUACCUGCCGUUGUUCGAGGAAACCCUGAAGAAAGUUAAAUCGAAAGACAACAGGAAAUAUUUACCUUUAGACAGUGAAACUGUGUUCGACAUUGAAAAUUACAUGAAGAGGACUCUGCUCACUGUAGAGAUUCUACUCCUCGAGGCGAACGCCCGGGCGGAGAAGAUGAACACGACUGCUUUUCUUCACGUCGUCGGUUUCGGUCUCGGAGUAUGGAGGGUAGUUCAAGACCAGGACGUGUACUUUUUGAAAACUUUCGAAAUCGCUUUGAGGAAAAUGAAUAAGAAACUGCGACACGUUUCCGAUAUAAUGUUCGCGUACUUCAACCAUCAAAAAUGCGGCGACGCCGGAAAUGGAGAUUACCUCGGUGAUAUAAAAAUUCACUUCGCGCUGAAGGAACCACAUAGCAAACUGUUCCGAUCGUCGGACGCUAAUAAACUGUUGGUAGUGUCGUACGCCUGGGACGGCAACGCGUUGUCAGGAAACGAAUUCUGGGCUGGACAUUUGUCGUCCAGCGGUGACUCCGCGGCAGCUUGCAGUACUCAAAUCGCCGAAUUGCACACCUCUAGGAUAAACCCUCGUGCCUGCGGUGCCAGCUUGCACGUCGCGUCCGCGCAGCACGGCAUUUUGCACAUAUCAGAUUAUGCGAAGCUACACCUCGCUUAGGAAAGGGCUUGCCCGUUGGGCACCGGUCAACGAAGACCCUCGCGUUCUCCUCGAAGCCAGAGGAGCCGCAGCGCGGACGUGGACUGUUUAAA